AUGGAGAGUAAUGAUAGCGACAAGGAUAGUGUACCUAGUUGCGUAGACUUAUUUUAUUAUUGGAGAAGGUGUUCUUCAUCGAUAAAUCAGUUUCGCUUUUAUUACAUUUAUGGUACUUUCAGAGAUUGCUCUGAACAUAUGACCAGCUUUAGGAAAUGCAUGUCAUAUAAAACAACCAAAUCGGAAGAAACUAAACAACAACUGUUAGAAAGUCAAGCUAAAAUUAAAGAAGAUGCGAAAAAGCUAAUAGGGAAUUCAAAUCCUGUAUGGAAAUUGAGAGAGAAACCUCCGGCAGACUGGAAUAGAUAUAACAAUGACGAAUUUUCCAAAUCAUCUUAG